GGGGAGGGGGCGGGAUGCCGUUCGGGAACUCUGGCGGCGCAUCCCAGCUCUGGGCUGACUCCCGCGCUUGGACAGAGGGACCGCCCCCAGCCCUGACCGAUAGACCCCUCCCACCCGUGACAGAUAGUCCUGCCCCUCCGCCCGGACAGAGCGACGGGCGGGUAGACUGACUCCUCCCGUCCCGGACAGACCGACGGACAUCCUGGAUGGAUGGACCGACCUCCUCCCCCCAGCCUGUCACAGGCAGACAGAACCACAGAGAUUGGGCAGCUGAUCAGUUCCUACCUGGGGAGGGAGAAGAACCUGGAGGACCACACCAUUCACCUGCUCUUCUCUGCUAACCGCUGGGAACACGUACCGAUGAUGAAAGAGAAACUCCUUCAAGGGAUCACGGUCGUGGUUGACAGAUACGCCUUCUCUGGAGUCGCCUUCACAAGUGCCAAAGGGAACUUCUGCCUGGACUGGUGCAAACAGCCUGAUGUUGGACUCCCCAAGCCAGACCUGAUCCUGUUCCUUCAGUUAAGCCCAGAAGCAGCAGCAGAACGAGGGAACUUUGGACAUGAACGUUAUGAGACCAGCUCCUUCCAAGAGAAAGUUCUUCAAUCCUUCUGCUGCCUAAUGGAGGACAAGACCCUAAACUGGAAGACAGUGGAUGCUUCAAAGAGCAUUGAAGACUUGCACAGAGAAAUCAAGUCCAUUGCAGAGGAAACUAUGCAGGAGGUUCAGAAUAAACCUUUGGAAGAACUCUGGAAAUGAAACUUUAUACAGGUUUAAAAGAGUAAGAGAAAGGUCAGUAAGGGAACGGUGACUUCUUGGAUCUUCUGUACUUGGAUGACUUUGACAUCCCAGCAGCUACAGCUUAGAUCCUGUGUAUUCUUUUGGGUCCAACAUGCUGCUGAUUUUAUUUUUUUUUAUUAUUAUUAUUAUCUGUUCCUCCCUUCCAUCCUACAUAGUUGCUUCUGCAUUUUUAAAAUGAGUAUUCCAUAAGCAUGUAUCAAAUUCCUUGUCAAAACCUCCCUCUCCCAAGCAAGAGCUCCUGUUCCAGCUACAGUCCUGGAGUGCAGAUGUGGGUGUGGAGCCCAGGGCCAACCCUGGACACAGACACAGUUCUUGUUUUUAAGGAAUUGCCAUGUUUCUGAUCAUCCUUCCUCUCUAGUAACUGCAUCCCCCCCAUGCUCAAACCAGUUUGUAGAGGACUUGCUAAUAAACUAUUCUUUUAAAUA